AGAUGCCCUGUAUCAGUUAAUAUGCUAUAUAUAGGUCUACUGGUAAUACUGAUCAAAAAACUGAAAGGAAAAAUAGUGUUGUCUAUAAAUGUCUAAUUUAAUCUAUAAAAGGUCAUUUUAUUUCUCAUUCUAUUAUCUUAACUUCUUAUCACUUGUUUAUUCGAAACUUUAAAUAGGUAUUUAGUUAUCGCAAUACUUACGAAUUUAAGGAAGAUUUUUUUAACCCGACCAAUUUCAUAUCUUAGUUCAUUGGAUUCGUUUGAAAUCAAUAUCGAAGUGGCAGUGCAAAUUUCAAACCACAUUCAUCAUUUUUCAACUACUUUCAACAUUACAUAGUGCAGAUGUACCUAAAAUAGUGCAGACAAGUUACUCUAUCGAAUAAUUAAAACGCUAUACAGUGUUACCCUUAUCUAGUAAAUAUCUUUUAUAUAUUGUGUACUGGACUGGUACAUAAUUAUAGGGAACUUAAAACUGGUAAAUUGUUUAGCUGUUACUCUAGUGAUUUAAAAUUGUAAAAAAGAUUAAAAAGAAGAAUAAGGGGAACAAUUAACUUACAAAGAAAUGGCUUCUGCAGAACUCACAAGUUUGGAUGAAGUAAUAUCAAAUUCAUUAAAGGGUAAAGAACUAGAAGAGUUUAACAGAAUUCACUAUGGAAGAAUAGACCAAUGUGCUUUGUUUAUCAGUUCCGAUGCUGCCCAAAAAGCCGCUAGCAAUGGAUUUGAAAUAAAAGCUUAUGAUUUUCCUGCAAGAAAAGAAGAAUGCAGGAAACCUCGCAUUGUAAGAUUAGGCCUCAUACAACAUUCUAUUGCUAUCUCUACUGAUAACCCAAUUACACAACAACGACUAGCUAUAUUCGAAAAGGUUCAAAAGAUCAUAUCUGCUGCAGCUGCAGAGCAAGUUAAUAUUCUUUGUUUACAAGAAGCUUGGAACAUGCCCUUUGCAUUUUGUACAAGAGAAAAGCAACCAUGGUGUGACUUUGCAGAACCUGUGUUGACUGGCCCUAGCACAGUUUUUUUAGCAGAGCUUGCAGUGAAGUAUGACAUGGUUAUCAUAUCUCCAAUUUUGGAACGAGAUGAUGUUCAUGGAGAUACUAUUUGGAAUACAGCAGUAGUUAUCAAUGAAUUUGGAAAGGUAAUAGGAAAACACCGUAAAAACCACAUUCCAAGGGUUGGAGAUUUCAAUGAAUCUACAUAUUAUUUUGAAGGUAAUACUGGUCAUCCAGUAUUUGAAACAAAAUAUGGUAAAGUUGCCAUCAAUAUUUGCUAUGGUCGUCACCAUCCACUAAACUGGCUAAUGUUUGGUAUCAAUGGUGCUGAAAUUGUAUUUAACCCAUCAGCAACAGUUUCAGGUUUAAGUGAACAUUUGUGGGCAGUUGAAGCUCGCAAUGCAGCUAUAGCCAACAGUUAUUAUACAUGUGCUAUAAACAGAGUAGGAACUGAAUCAUUCCCAAAUGAAUUUACAUCUGGAGAUGGAAAACCAGCACAUAAAGAUUUUGGACACUUCUAUGGUUCUAGCUAUGUGACAGCACCUGAUGGUAGCAGAACUCCAGGCCUGUCUCGAAUUAAGGAUGGUUUACUUAUUGCCCAAGUUGAUCUAAACUUGUGUCGCCAAAUUAAAGACAAGUGGGGAUUCACUAUGACUCAACGCCUUGACUUAUAUGCUCAAAGUCUAAAUGAAGCUAUAAAGCAUGAUUAUGUACCUCAAGUGGUACACAAGUAAUAAAGAUUCAAUUUACCAAUCAUGAAUCCUACAAUUUUAUUAUAGUGUUACUGAACAGAUCUGUUAAUAUUUGUUAAAUCUGCUAAAUUUUUAAUUCUGUUUUAGUCUACUUUAAUUUUUAG